AUGCCGGGAAGGUUGAUCAUGGAGCACGAGGGCGCAGACAAUGCCCCAACCAGCAAGGGCCCAGGCGCAGCGCAAACGACAAAUGGUGUCGCGCCGCACUCACAAUCUGAUGGUCUAUCCGGCGCACCAAACGGCUACAUUCCCAACGGCCAUUCAGUCCCUUCUGAGAACAUGGCUGUUUCCUCCUCCAUGCUGGCCCUCCCGCCAGAGAUAAGACAGGUCAUGUUGGACUCUGGACCUCCGCCUGAGAUUGAGCACAUUACGGAAGGCUUUCAACCGCUGGGGAAGCUCAUAGGCCGAGCGGCGCAAGAAUGCUACAACGAGCUUGCGGAAGUGCUCGAUGAAAUGGCGCAGAUGCAGGUUCCUCAACAGGCCAACAGUUCUUUGCCCAACGGGGUCAAUCACAAUGCGGGAGCCGCUGGAGCCGGAGUCGCGACACCAACUGGUGUUCAGAAGAAAACGAUGUUGAUGAGCUUUGCACACCGUCGAAGGGAGAUGUUCAUCAAACUAUGGAUUCUGUCGCAAUGGAGUCGGCAGGCCGAAGACGUGAGCAAACUCAUUGACAUCUGGACCUGGCAGCGAGCAACGAUGGAUAAAUUCGACAAUGCGGCCCAUUUCAUUGCUGAUAUCAAGCUCUCGACUCACAAUGCGAAGAUGCCAAAUCCGGACAUGAAAACAGCCCUAGAGGUUCUUUCUACUGGGAAAGCAUCCUGGAUGCCAGACUUGAACUACAUCCCGCAAGACCCACUGGAUGCUCAGGGCAUAGCAGACACCUUACAGAAUCUUAACUCUAUAUUAUCGAUACGCUUAAACCUUCAUGAGUCUCUACCUCGAUACCUGCAGAAGUGGUCGAUAGCGUCAGGACGAGCAACGUUUGUGAUACCCGGCGAGUUCGAGUUCGACGUCUCGGUAGCAGACGAAGAGCCCUCGUCACAGUUCUGGUUUGUCGACAUCAGAUUCCUAUUCUCUCCGGCACCACAGGUUUCGGAUGAGUUCAAAGACAUUCUACAAAAUCAAUGCAAUGCAGUGCUCGGCACGCAAGGGUUAGCACGCUGUCACGAGUUCCUUCAUAACUUCACUCUCACCCACAAGAUCUCUGUCCUCUGGCGACAGGCACAUGAAAUGAACGCGGGCGCUUGGCAAGAUUCGUUACGGAUAGAACACGUCCAUCGAGUGCUGGUGAUACAGUACUGGACUGAUCUGCCUGGCGGCAAGAACUGGCUAGAGUUUGGCGUGAUGAGCGCGACUUCCAAUGAUCGAAACACGUUUGCGACCAAUGCAGCACAGCCAAAGAUCGGCAUGCGGUGGUUCCGCAAUGGGAAAGAAACGACUGAUUCCGUGGCGCUUCAAUGGGAAGACGUAUCCAUGGAGCUGACAAUGAAGCGCGUCAUUGCGCGUCACAUAAACAUGGUACUGGCCUCCGUUCAUGGGAAGCUUGUUGCUGCGGCUGGCGGCAACGAAGCGUUCGGAGCCAGCCUGUCUACUUCGGAAACGGAGCCCGGUGACUGCGCGCUGCGGGCAUGGCUGGAAACGCCAGAUAACGAGAUUACUUUGAAGGUGGAUAUGGCGACCGGACGCUUGACUCUACUGCCGGCGACAGGAUCAUCAGCGCGCAUCGAAGUGGAGCUUAACAGGAAGGACUCCCCGGCCGAAGAAGUAACACGGGCGCUGGCCUACUAUCUAUGUAGGAGCAUACAGAGCAACAUAGAAGAGCACGCCGAGAGCACAGGUUGGAAACGACUGAGGCAUAUUCGGGUCAAGCCGGAUGCGAUGAAAGCGGCGCUCAACCAAGAUAUCUUGCAACUCAGCUUCUUCCGAGGCAAUGGAUGGGAUCCGAGUUGGGCAAUAGUCGCCAGCAUCACACCGCUUGGCCUGACUUGGUGGAGCCUGGAACUGACUGACCCUGUCUUUGGUGGAGCUAUCACCGCAGCGAUUCCUAUACCAUCGCUGAGGUUGAACAGCAAACCAGUCCCGAUCUCCGGAUCCCUCCUAGCUAAGAUUGAGCGCAUGGCUGUCGCGGCGAUCUCAAUGCGCACAACGGUCCGCGACUUGAGGCAGCGGAAGAUACCGUUCGGUGUGCGUGAAGAAUCUGUCUUCACCUCCCCAGGAACUUCGGGCACCCCUAACGCCCAUCAGGUGGUAGCACUCUAUGUGCAGUUAUCGAAACUACUCCAGCAGAGCCGCAACCAGCCCGCUCCGAGCGCCACAUUCUGGGCAUCCGACUUUGUCCGGCUUGUCUAUCACGGCUUGGACGUCGAGCGACGCAAAGUGUUGCACAUCGCAAAGGGCUUCUUAGCUCAGCGACAAGUGGACAUGAACAGACUGUUGAAGACCUCCGACAAAGACGACUGCAUUUUCCAUAGCAACGGCGCGUUCUCGAUGAUGCUCCGUUCCCCCUUUGGCACCUCCUUUGUCAAGCAAUUUGCGCUGUGCUUACACAACAUCGAACGUCUGCGCUUCUUCAUCGAAGUACUCCAAAGGCGCAAAUUCAAGAUCGGCAAGACUAGUCCCUCGCGAAUCUCUUUCCGGUAUGGCGAAAGCGCCAGCCUGAGCGCAGACAUCUAUCUACAGGAAGGCGCAGCAAUGAGGCUGCAUCUCGCACCGGACAAUCCACAACAGAGAGCCCUUGUCUGGCUCACCAAUCAACUCAACGACAACGACGCCGGAUUCGACACGUUCGCCCACAUGUUACAACUCAGUCUUCCCCUACUCCGCGCCUUACAGUCCAUCGAGACUCGCGAACGACCUGCAGCGGAGCGGCCGUCCAUUCACUCUCACAGCGCUGAUUGGCAUUCGAUGGUGUAUUCAAACCCAAUGUCAUCCUUCAGCAUACGGCUACGCACACACAAGGACAAAGUUCAAUGGCACAUACAAGAUACAGUUGCCAGCACAAGGCCGCCUCAGCAGCGGUCGGAGCCGCUCAGGGGAGCUCUUCAGGCAUUGUAUAGCGACGAGGGCAAAGACUGGAGGGGUACGGGAGCUGGCAUUGUAGCCGGGAUAGUGGGUGUCGAGGAGGUGAUGCUAAAGCUGGACGAAGUGGUCACCCAGCACGCGGUCGCUGAGGGCGCUGCUCCGCAGCAACUUCCGGCCCUACAGCAACCGCAGCAUGAGGUUAUCAACAUUGACUGA